AGCCCGAGCGGCGGCGACUGAGUCAGUGCCGGAGCCAUGUCUCUGCUGUGUGUCGGAGUUAAGAAAGCAAAACUCGACGGCCCACAAGAAAAGUUCAAUGCCUACGUGACUCUGAAGGUGCAGAAUGUGAAGAGCACGACCAUCGCAGUGCGGGGGAGCCAGCCGUGCUGGGAGCAAGACUUCAUGUUUGAAAUCAACCGUUUAGACCUCGGCUUAACAGUGGAAGUGUGGAACAAAGGGCUGAUCUGGGACACGAUGGUCGGUACAGUAUGGAUUCCUUUAAGGAGUAUACGGCAAUCAAACGAGGAUGGACCUGGCGAAUGGCUGACACUCGACUCUGAGGUUAUAAUGACAGAUAAUGAAAUCUGUGGAACGAAAGACCCAACAUUUCAUAGGAUUUUGUUGGACACUCGCUUUGAGUUACCACUCGACAUCCCAGAAGAGGAAGCUCGAUACUGGGCCAAAAAACUGGAGCAGUUGAAUGCCAUGAGAGACCACAAUGAUUAUGAAUUCCAGGAGGAGCAGGAGAGGCCGUUGGCGAUGCCGGGCUCACAGUGCUGCAACUGGAGCUAUUUCGGUUGGGGAGACCAACAAAACAACGAGGACCCUGACAGUGCGGUGGACGACCGAGACAGUGACUAUCGCAGUGAAACUAGCAACAGCAUUCCACCGCCCUACCAUAACACAGCUCAGAUUAAUGAGUCAGUCCAUCAGUACUCCAUCUCGUCACGGCACCAGCAGAACGGCUCGCGGGACUCUUGCGCUGACUCUAUUCACAGCUAUGAGCUUGAUGAUUCAGAUCAUCAAAGGCCCAUCAGUCCCACAGGCAGCAGCCGGUAUGCCUCAUCAGCCGAGCUCAGUCAAGGGAGCUCCCAGCUCAGCGAGGACUUUGAUCCCGAUAACGAGAGUCUGCAGGGCUCUGAGAUUGACGAGGAACGGGACAGAGACUCUUACCACUCCUGCCACAGCUCGGUGAGUUAUGGGAAAGAUGCUCAGGACUGGGACAAGGAAGACAACGAGCCACUGGAGAUUUACAGUGAACCAGAAGAGUUCCAGAAAGAAGAAGAGGCCGAGGACGUUUAUGAGGAGAAAGCUGAGGAGGAGGAGAUUGAAGAGAUUGAAGACAUUGUUGUGGAUGAAGUCCCUCCAGCAACUGAGGCGUCUCAAGAGCAGGAGGAAGAGAAACCACUGGAAACGUACAGGGGAGAAGACGAGGGUCAUUCCAAUAUGUCCAGAGCAAAAGCUAAUUGGAUUCGGGCGUUUAACAAAGUUCGUAUGCAGAUUCAAGAGGCACAACUUGGUGAAGGUGUUGGGGACCUGUCUAAACCCCUUUGGUUUAAAGGAGGGCCUGGGGGUGGGCUGUACAGUAUUGACAGCAUGCCAGAUCUUCGAAAGAAAAAACCCAAAAACCUUGUUAGUGAUUUGGCUAUGUCUUUGGUGCAAUCAAGAAAAGCUGGCAUUACUUCUGCACUGGCCACCCGCACCCUUAAUGAUGAGGAACUGAAAAAUCAUGUUUACAAGAAGACCUUGCAAGCCUUAAUUUACCCCAUCUCUUGCACAACACCGCACAAUUUUGAAGUGUGGACAGCGACCACACCCACCUACUGUUACGAGUGUGAAGGGCUGUUGUGGGGAAUCGCGCGUCAGGGAAUGCGUUGUUCCGAGUGCGGGGUCAAGUGUCACGAGAAGUGCCAAGAUCUUCUCAACGCGGAUUGUUUGCAGCGCGCUGCUGAGAAAAGCUCCAAACAUGGAGCGGAGGAUCGGACACAGAACAUCAUCAUGGUGCUGAAGGACAGGAUGAAAAUCAGAGAGCGGAAUAAACCCGAGAUCUUUGAGCUCAUCCAGGAGGUGUUCGGCCUUCCAAAGGCUUCUCACGGACAGCAGAUGAAGUCAAUUAAACAGAGUGUGUUGGACGGAACAUCAAAGUGGUCAGCAAAGAUUAACAUCACCGUGGUGUGUGCCCAGGGUCUGCAAGCCAAGGAUAAGACGGGCUCCAGUGAUCCUUACGUCACAGUACAAGUUGGGAAGACUAAGAAACGCACUAAGACUAUCUACGGAAACCUUAACCCAGUCUGGGAGGAGAACUUCAACUUUGAAUGCCACAAUUCAUCUGAUCGAAUCAAAGUGCGAGUGUGGGAUGAAGACGACGACAUCAAAUCCCGAGUAAAGCAGAGGUUCAAGCGGGAAUCGGAUGACUUUUUGGGACAGACCAUUAUUGAAGUACGAACACUCAGCGGCGAAAUGGACGUUUGGUACAAUCUGGAUAAGCGUACUGAUAAAUCGGCCGUGUCUGGUGCUAUCCGGUUACACAUUAGUGUGGAGAUCAAAGGGGAGGAGAAGGUGGCGCCUUACCAUGUCCAGUACACGUGCCUACAUGAGAACCUCUUUCACUUCCUCACGGACAUUCAGAACAAUGGGGUUGUGAAGAUCCCAGACGCUAAAGGAGACGAUGCCUGGAAGGUUUACUUUGAUGAGACGGCGCAGGAAAUAGUCGAUGAGUUUGCGAUGAGAUUCGGAGUCGAAUCCAUCUAUCAGGCUAUGACACACUUUGCUUGCCUGUCCUCAAAGUACAUGUGUCCUGGAGUUCCCGCUGUGAUGAGCACACUCUUAGCGAACAUCAACGCUUACUACGCGCACACCACUGCCUCGACCAAUGUCUCUGCCUCCGAUCGGUUUUCGGCCUCCAAUUUUGGGAAAGAAAGGUUUGUGAAACUCCUGGACCAACUGCACAAUUCCCUGCGUAUUGACCUGUCAAUGUACAGGAACAAUUUCCCAGCGAGCAGUCCAGAAAGAUUACAAGAUCUGAAGUCUACAGUUGACCUAUUGACCAGUAUAACCUUCUUUCGAAUGAAGGUGCAGGAGCUGCAGAGCCCACCGCGGGCCAGUCAGGUGGUGAAGGACUGUGUGAAAGCCUGUCUCAACUCCACGUACGAAUACAUCUUCAACAACUGCCACGAACUGUACAGUCGCGAAUACCAGACAGACCCGACUAAGAAAGCUGAGGUGCCCCCAGAGGAGCAGGGACCAAGUGUCAAAAACCUGGACUUUUGGUCCAAACUCAUCACACUCAUCGUCUCCAUCAUAGAGGAGGACAAGAACUCCUACACUCCCUGCCUCAACCAGUUUCCUCAGGAGCUGAAUGUGGGCAGGAUCAGCGCAGAGGUGAUGUGGAACCUUUUUGCUCAGGACAUGAAGUACGCAAUGGAAGAGCAUGAGAAGCAGCGGCUUUGUAAAAGUGCUGACUACAUGAAUCUACACUUCAAAGUCAAAUGGCUGUACAACGAGUAUGUGAAAGAUCUGCCAGCGUUUAAGAACACAGUCCCAGAGUAUCCCACCUGGUUUGAACCCUUCGUUAUUCAGUGGUUGGAUGAGAAUGAAGAGGUGUCUCGAGACUUCCUACAUGGAGCUCUGGAGCGUGACAAGAAGGACGGUUUCCAGCCGACCUCGGAACAUGCUCUCUUCUCCUGCUCUGUGGUGGACGUCUUCUCACAGCUGAACCAGAGUUUUGAAAUCAUUAAGAAGUUGGAAUGUCCCGACCCUAAGAUUGUGGGUCACUACAUGAGACGCUUUGCCAAGACGAUCAGCAACGUGCUGCUGCAAUACGCAGAGAUAAUAACAAAGGAUUACGCUUCUUAUUGCUCCAAAGAGAAAGUGCCGUGUAUCCUGAUGAACAACAUCCAGCAGCUUCGAGUUCAACUGGAGAAGAUGUUCGAGGCCAUGGGAGGAAAAGAGCUGAAUUCUGAAGCCAGUGACAUUUUGAAAGAGCUGCAGAUUAAACUCAACAACGUGUUGGAUGACCUCAGUAGAGUGUUUGCACUAAGUUUUCAGCCUCACAUUGAGGAGUGUGUGAAGCAAAUGGGAGACAGUCUCAGCCAGGUCAAAGGCACCGGUAACGUCCCCGCCAGCACCUGCAACAGCGUGGCUCAAGAUGCGGAUAACGUGCUGCAGCCCCUCAUGGAUCUGCUGGACAGCAAUCUGACUCUUUUUGCUAAAAUCUGUGAGAAAACUGUGCUGAAACGUGUCCUGAAAGAACUGUGGAAGAUUGUGAUGAACAUCAUGGAAAAAACCAUUGUGCUGCCUCCUCUGACUGACCAGACGAUGAUUGGCAGGGUGAAGCAGGUGUGUCACAGCGAUGGCACACAGCUCAUCUUCAACGCUGCCAAAGAGCUGGGCCAUCUGUCCAAGUUGAAGGACCACAUGGUGAGAGAGGAAGCCAAGAGUCUGUCCCCCAAGCAGUGCGCUGUGGUGGAGCUGGCCCUGGACACCAUUAAGCAAUAUUUCCACGCAGGCGGCGUUGGUCUGAAGAAGACUUUCCUAGAGAAAAGCACGGACCUGCAAUCGCUCCGCUACGCUCUGUCCCUCUACACGCAGGCCACCGAUACCCUCAUCAAAACAUUCAUCCAGUCGCAGUCAGCGCAGGGUUCGGGUGUGGAUGAUCCGGUGGGUGAGGUGUCCGUUCACGUAGAGAUUUUCACACAUCCAGGAACCGGAGAGCACAAGGUCACGGUUAAAGUCGUGGCAGCCAAUGACCUCAAGUGGCAAACCACUGGUAUCUUCCGUCCAUUUGUGGAGGUGAACAUGAUCGGGCCCCACCUGAGUGACAAGAAGAGGAAAUUUGCCACAAAAUCAAAAAACAACAGCUGGGCACCCAAAUUCAGCGAGACCUUCCCUUUCACGCUGAGCGCUGAGACCGGGCCGGAGGGCUACGAGCUGCAGAUCUGCGUGAAGGAUUACUGCUUUGCCCGUGAGGACCGCAGUGUGGGGAUGGCAGUGCUGCAGCUAAGGGACAUGGUGCAGCGAGGCAGCUGUGCCUGCUGGCUCCCACUCGGCCGCAGGAUCCACAUGGACGAGACGGGCCUCACCGUCCUCCGCAUCCUCUCCCAGAGGAACAACGAUGAGGUCGCCAAGGAGUUCGUCAAGUUGAAAUCGGACAUCCGCUCGGCCGAGGAGGGCAGUUGAGGAAACAAAAAAAACACGGGGUUCAGAGUAGGUAGAACGAUUCGUCCAUUUAUUACUUUCAUCGGUCAGGGCUGUCCCAAGCUUUGUCUCUCUCUCUCUCUCUUGUUCAUCUAAUGAAACAUAUCCAAAUUAUCUAAUAAGCAAAAAAAAGUGGUGAGUGAGGAGGCGGCCGCUGGGAUCUGCAUGUUCCUGGAGGNUUUUUUUGCCACGUGGACAAUUAAUUUCCUUUUGUUCAUGAGGCAGCACAGCGGAGGCACCAAUCAGACUGACUUCACCCUGAGGCUAACAUCAUUGGUGUAAAUAAACCCCGCAUGACUCUCCCGAGCCUGUGUCCAAUAAGCACUGUGAUCCUGUCCUUGUGGAGAGACCGACAGCUGAGAGACCUUGGAAACCUCUUGUGGAAAGCCUCAGUUACCUUCCUCUUCAAAACACUGAACUGCCAAAGUGUCUUUAUACCCACUGCUGUAGCCCCGUUCUUACACAUUCCACAGUCGGGACUUUUUGGAACAGAUUUUGUUACUCGGAGCUGGAUUUGCAAACAGGUUCAACAUGAACCACAGGAUUGGACCAAAGUAUUUUGUAAAACAGGGUUUAACAGUGACUGUGUUUACCACUCUCAUCCCCUUCCUCUGUUAGGUUCGGUUGUGGUUUGGGACGGCCAUUUGCUGAGCAGGUUUACAGAGUGUUAGCUUUCUGCUUCCCCGAUGAUGAAAUAUUUUUUAACUAAAAUAAUGAGUGGGAAACGGCCGCACAGCAACAGACUGACAGCCAGUCACCGCGACCUGCCCCGGCCUUCACAGCACUCACACACGCACUCACCCAGCCACACAUACUCCUCACACUCACCCAGCCACACAUACUCCUCACUGCAUCCAUUCACACUCACCCAGCCACGCAUACACACUCACUACAUGCGCAGAGCCUCACAUAGACCCUCACAACACACUGUUUCUCUCGGGCCUCGGGAUAAUUUUACAAAAAACUCUGGUCCAAUCGUGUGAGCCCAACAUGUAGAGUAAUUAGUGUUUAGUUUGACAAUGACCGUGGCUGUACCAACAGUGGGAGACCUUCACACCUGCACUGUGGGGACACGCUUUUUUUGCUGCCUUAUAAUUGCCGUCUCUUAGGUUCAUUGUAAAAAUGGAAAAUUUUCUUUUUGUAUAAAAAGGAAACACACUGGGAAAUGCAUGGCAGUAAAACUGUUGCAAACAAAAGGAAGGGUCUGGCACUUUCAAUGGCUGAAUAUUCAUCUUGUUCAGUGACUCGUGUGUGUGUGUGUGUGUAAAAAGACAUAUAUGACUGUUUAAAAGACUAGCAUGAGUGUACAUGUUUUAAAUCAACAGUUUCCAUUGUGAUUUAACCCCCCAUUCACUUUCAGCACUGAGCACGCUGAGAAUGAUGGCACACGAUACAGGAGGCAGCAGAGUAUUAUUGUACUCAAAUACACGGUGGCGUACAAUUCCUGUUUUCUGGUUGAAGUUUCAUGUUUUGCUUCCAAACUGGCCUUUAAGCACAAAACAUGUUAAUUAUCCUGUUAUGUUUUUUAAUGUUUUACGUUUUGUAUCUUCAGCAAACAAAAAUGAAACUCCAUUUAAUUCUUGGUGAUUACAUUUGUAUGUGGUACACAGAACCUCCAAGCGAUUUCCAACCCCAUCCACAAACACUUCCGCCCCCCCCCCACCCC